AUGGGCGAGCCUGCAACCAAGAAGGCCAAGACCGAGCGUACUUUCCUGUUCUCGUCGGAGUCCGUGAACGAGGGCCACCCGGACAAGCUCUGCGAUCAGGUCUCCGAUGCCGUGCUGGACUGCUGCCUUGCGGGCGAUCCCAAGAGCAAGGUCGCCUGCGAGACCGCCACCAAGGACAACAUGGUCAUGGUCGCGGGCGAGAUCACCACCCAGACAGCGAUCGACUACGAGAAGGUCGUCCGCGGGGUGGUAAAGAAAAUCGGCUUCGACACCUAUGUGGAUGACCUGUCCAGCGUGGACAGCAAGGGUCUCAGCGACACCACGUGCGAGGUCCUGGUGCGCAUCAACAAGCAGAGCCCCGACAUCGCUGGCGGCGUGCACGUCGGCAAGGACGAUAUGGACGUCGGCGCAGGCGACCAGGGCAUCAUGUUUGGCUACGCCACCGACGAGACCGAGGACUGCAUGCCGCUCACCCACUCGGUCGCGACCAAGCUCGGAAAGAAGCUGACGGACGUGCGCAAGGACGGCUCGCUCUGGUGGCUGCGCCCGGAUGGCAAGACGCAGGUCACCAUCGAGUACGUGCAGAAGGCGACGCCCCAGAAGUUCCACACGAUCGUGAUUUCUACCCAGCACGCUGAGCCCUUGAAGGCCACACGCACGAAGGAGUGCGCUAUGAACAAGGAGAUCGUCGAGAAAGUGAUCAAGAGCACCCUCGCAGAGAUCAAGCUCAAGAGUGGCAAGCCUGCGCUCACCCUUUUCGGAGACCACACCCACCUGCACAUCAACCCGUCGGGCAAGUUCAUCAUCGGGGGUCCCCAGGGCGAUGCGGGCCUCACCGGCCGCAAGAUCAUCAUCGACACCUACGGGGGCUGGGGCGCCCACGGUGGCGGCGCCUUCUCUGGCAAGGACCCGACCAAGGUGGACCGCUCGGCGGCGUACAUCUGCCGGCAGAUGGCCAAGUCCGUGGUGAAGAGCGGCCUGUGCAAGCGCGCACUGGUGCAGCUGUCCUACGCCAUCGGCGUCGCGAAGCCGCUGUCGCUGUUCCUCGAGACUUACGGCACCGAGCAGGGCAAGCUGUCGGCCGAGGACAUCACCAACGUGCUCAAGAUUGAGUUCGACUGCCGUCCUGGCGCCAUCGCGGUGACGCUGGCCCUUCGCGAGCCCAAGUACCAGGAGACGGCGGCCUACUGCCACUUCGGUCGCGAGGCGUACACCAAGGAUGGCAAGAAGUAUUUCGAGUGGGAGAACGCCAAGGACGUCAAGAAGUACGCCUCGAUGGAUUCGGCGCAGGUGUCUGCGGCACUGAAGGCGAGCAACUACUUGACUAAGUGGGUGGACUGA